AUAACAGAUCGAUUAAUUUUUCAGUAUAAAUAUAUAUACAAAAUAGAGAAAAGUAGAGUCGAAUUAACGUGUUUUGAAUUGAUAUCUGUUUAAAAUAACCUACAAAUUUUGUUUAAUCAAAAGAUAAAUUUAGUUUAAAUAAUUAAAAAUUUAAAAUGAAGUGUACGAUCAAUAAAAAACUGGUGCCUAUGAAGGCUCAUUAUUUUCUUUUCAAUGCCGGAUCAGGUCCAGUUACUCCUUAUCUCAGUAUAUAUGCUAGGCAGUUAGGGUUCUCUAGUAUAGUAGUAGGCUUCAUGUACACAAUUCUUCCAAUUUUUGGAAUGGUGGCAAAACCAAUAUUUGGAACGAUAGCUGAUAAGUUUCGAUGCCAGAAAAGAUUAUUUCUUGCAGCACAAAUUUUAACUGCCAUAGCUUUCUUGGUCAUAUUCUAUUCACCAAAAAUUCAUACAACCAGAAUUGUUAAUUUUUCGUGUUACAAUGAUACUAUUGGAUUUUUUUCAAAUUCAAGUAUAAAUAAGUGUACAUUAGAUGAUUUACUAAGACAGAAUACUUCAAAUAUGUGUAAGAUGACUUGUGGUGUAAUUGAUCAAUCACUCUUAUGUAAUAAGUGGAAUAUAAGUGAUCAUUGUGGGCAUGAUCCUCCUACAACAUUAUCGUUUACGGCAUUAACACCAACAUAUAAAAUUCAACUUACAAAUACUUCUCUUUUUUUCGAAAUAGCCAACAUUAAAUUAAAUAACGAAAGAAUAUUGACGCCUUCAUGUUCUAAUGGAUCACCUUUAUCUACCUGUCACAUAAACUGUGAUGAUUAUAAUAUCAAUAGUCUGAUAACAGAAACAUCUAUCGACGAUAGUGACGCUUAUAGAUCGUAUCAGUUUUGGUGCCUUUUAACUUUUAUGAUAAUAGCUUGGAUCGGACAGGCUACUGUAGUCAGCAUAGGAGAUGCUAUAUGCUUUCAAUUAUUAGGAGAUAAGCAUAACAGCUAUGGUUAUCAAAGAUUAUGGGGAUCUUUAGGAUGGGGAUUGAUUGCGGUUGUUACAGGUGCUUUAAUAGACGUUUUAAGUAAAGGUCGAGCUCAAAAAAAUUAUACAUCAGCUUUUUACACCGCGGCAGCUUUCCUAAUAACCGAUUUUUUAGUUUCGUUGCAAAUAAAGCAUACACAAAAUUCAGUAUCUACCAACUUAUUUCGAGAUGUGGGUGCGUUACUUCUAAAUAUACGAAUAGUGGUAUUCCUUAUUUGGUGUGUAUCCAUCGGUAUGUGUACAGGACUGAUGUGGCAAUUCGAAUUUUGGCUAAUAGAAGAUUUGGCAAAAAUACAAGGAUGUUCCGCCACUGCUCAUGUAAAAACAUUGGAAGGUUUAGUUCAAGCAAUCCAAACCAUAAUAGGGGAAACACCGUUUUUCUUUCUGUCGGGAAUAAUAAUGAAAAAAAUUACUCACGUCCACACCAUGUCGUUGGUAUUAUUUGCCAUUGGAAUUAGAUUCAUCCUUUAUUCCGUUAUACCGAACCCGUGGUAUUUUUUGCCAGUGGAAGUAUCUCAAGGACUCACUUUUGGGCUGUUUUUCGCGUGUAUGACGUCGUAUGCCAGUAUCAUAGCCCCAGUUGGAUUGGAAGCUACCAUACAGGGACUGGUAGGAGCUGUUUUUGAAGGAGUAGGCGUAUCGGCAGGAAGUUCUCUUGGAGGGUAUCUCUAUAAAAAAGUUGGAGGACCAUUGACGUUUCGAUAUUUUGGUUUUGCCGCUUUGAUAAUCUGCGUUAUCCAUGUCUUAGUUCAACGCUUACUACAAGAACUUCCAAAUAAUUAUUCUUGUUCAACAGAUAAAAAUAAAAAGGAAGAAGAAAGAGAAUCGACGUAUCUCUUUUAUCAACAACAAAAUGGACAGAGAUGAAAAAAGACUUCACGAAGAAAAGUCAAAAUUACACUGCCGAUAAACUGAUAUUAAAAUCUUUUGGUUAUAUUCUAAGAUAUUUGUAGUUGAAUCUAUCAUAUAUUCAUACAAAUUUUUAAAAUAAUUAUGAAUUUUUGAAAAAAUGAUAUUGAUCUGUAUUUCGAAAUUUUUCAUUAGUAUUUUUGACCAAAAAUACUGUCUUCUAUGUACAUAGUUAGUAGUUGAAUCAAAAAUUGUGAUAUGUACAAAGGGAAUUAGAAAAAUCACUAUUGUGAUUAAUAAUAGGUUUCUUUGUUAAAAGCAAUCUUAAUUAUAUAGACCUAAUUUAAUUUAUAAAUUUCUUAGAUUUUUUUAUAUAUUUAUAUUUCUAAAUGCUCUUGAUUUUAUAUAUCUUCUGUUUUAAAAUUAGAUUUUUCAAUAAUUUUUGAAAGAGUUAAGUCGAAACGUCAAGUUUUCAUCAAUUUUUCAAAAAUUUUUUAUAAAAAACUAAUUUUAAAACAGGAGAGAUCUAAAAUCAAGAACAUAUAGAAGCAUUAAUUCAAUUUAUAUAUGUUAAUAAAUUGUUAAGUGUA